AUGACAGAUCCUAACCCGCUUCUUUCCCUAACUGGGUCACCGGAGCCCAAUGAUCUGCCGCCCCCAACCUCCGAUCACCUCAACACGGCGAAUUCCUUGGAUGCCACCAUCGAGCACUGCAUGGGCGACUUUGCGUGGGCUCAGCUCUUCCAGGCCGCUCUCAUCUCCUUUGCCUGGUUUUUCGACGCCCAACAGACCUUCAUCAGCAUCUUCACCGAUGCCGAGCCCAAGUGGACCUGCAACAAUUCCUCAUCCUCCACCGCCACAUCAACACUUCCUUGCAAUGACCUCUGCCGCCUCCCGCCUGGCAGCUGGUCCUGGCAGCUCCAAGCAGCGUCUUCCAUCAUCUCCGAGUGGUCCCUGCAGUGCUCUGGGCCCAUUGUUACUGGACUUCCCUCCUCCGCUUUCUUCUUCGGCUGCCUCGUUGGCGGUUUCGCCAUGGCGGCUCUAGCCGACUCCUCCCUCGGCCGCAAGAACGCGCUCGCCCUCUCAUCUCUCAUCAUGUCUAUCACCGGUUUGGCCGCCGCCUUCUCCCCAAAUGUGUGGGUCUACGCGGCCCUCCGGUUCAUGAGCGGGUUCGGCCGUGCCACCAUUGGGACGUCCACCCUCGUUCUCUCUACCGAGCUCGUCAGCCGGCGGUGGCGGGAGAUUGUCGGGAUCGCCGGGUUCACCUUCUCCACCCUCGGCUUUCUCUCUCUGCCGCUGCUCGCCUUCGCUAUCCGAGGCUCGUCGUGGCGGCUGCUUUACCUCUGGACUUGCGUCCCAUCGAUUCUGUACUCGGCCGCAAUCUACUUGGUGGUGCGAGAGUCGCCGCGAUGGCUCUUCAUUAGGGGCCGGCAGGAGGAGUUUGCUGAGACGCUGAGGAGCAUCUCGGGCACCACCACGCUGACAGGGAGCUUCUUUAGCCGGUGCGCAGUGGAGAAAGGAUUGGCGGAGGCCAAUGACGUGUUCUCAGCCCUGAGGGUCUUGGUGGGGAGGGGUUGGUCAGCGCGGCGGCUGGGGGCGGUGAUGGUGGUGGGGUUCGGGAUAGGAAUGAUUUAUUACGGGAUUCCCCUUGGCUUAGGAAACUUGUCUUUGGACCUGUAUUUGAGUGUGACACUGAAUGCAUUGUCUGAGUUCACAGCGUCCCUGGUGACGCUUGUGUUGAUGGGGAAGGUGGGAAGAAGGGGUUUCAUAGUGGGGCUGGCGUUAUUGAGUGGGGUAUGCAGCGUGGGGUGUGUGGUGGUUCAGUGGAGAGUGGUGCAGGUAGGACUUGAGCUGGUGUCAUUUUUCGCAGCAUGCACAGCUCUCGAGGUAAUUCUGAUUUACGCGGUGGAGUUGUUCCCAACUUGCGUGAGGAGCUCGGCAGUGUCGAUGGUGAGGCAGGCACUGGUGCUGGGUGGGGCACUUAGCCCGUUGCUAGUGGCGGCCGGGAGGAAGAAUGAGCUGGUGUUGUCAUAUGGGGUGUUCGGGGUGACAGUCGCAGCCUGUGGAAUGGCGGUGGUGGCCCUUCCGGAGACAAAGGGGAAGGUUCUACGUGACACCAUGGAGGAGGAGGAGGAGGAGGAGCGGGUUGGGACCCACCAGGUGUAUUGCGUUUGA